CUGAGGUCCGCUCAGUCUUCAGUACUAAAGGUGAGAAGAACAUUUCUAUCUGAAGAGAAGUUUGGGACCAACGUAGCUAACGCUAGCCAGCUAGCCGCCCGCUCGUUAAGCCGCGUAUUGGCUCCUUUUAACCACAAACCCGCCGCCUUCGACCACAUGGAGGCCGCCCGGGCGACCCUGUGCGUCCUGGCCGUGUUUGGAGCCCUGCUCCCGGGGAGGAGCGCGGUGCUGGCGUCCUUCUCCCAGGCUCUGGACAGCGACUUCACGUUCACGCUGGCCGCCGGCCGGAGGGAGUGUUUCUUCCAGACCAUGAAGAGUGACGCCUCGCUGGAGAUCGAGUAUCAGAUAUUAGACGGCUCCGGUCUCGACGUAGAUUUCGUGAUCACUUCUCCUUCUGGCCAGGUGGUGUUCAGCGACUAUCACAAGUCGGACGGAGUUCACACCGUGGUCGACACAGAGGACGGAGACUACAUGUUCUGCUUCGACAACACAUUCAGCGCCGUCUCCGAGAAGCUUGUCUUCUUCGAGCUGGUCCUGGACAACAUGGAGCAGGACGAGGAGGUGGACGACUGGAAGGAGUACGUCCAGGGAACCGACGUGCUGGACAUGAAGCUGGAGGACAUCAUGGACACCAUCAACAACGUGAAGGCUCGCCUGGGGAAGAGCGUGCACAUCCAGACGAUGCUUCGGGCCUUCGAGGCUCGCGACCGGAACAUCCAGGAGAGCAACUUCGACCGGGUGAACUUCUGGUCGGUAGUGAAUGUGGUCGUCAUGACGAUGAUUUCUGCGCUUCAGGUCUACCUGGUCCGCUCGCUGUUUGAGGACAAGAGGAAGAUCCGGACAUGACACAGGAGAGAUCUGCUGACUAUGUCUCUCUCUCACACACACACACAAUGUUACUGAUGCUGCAAACAAACUGAACAAAGUCCUCUUUUCUUUGGACGUGUUUUUAGAAGAUGAGACUCGAUGAAGAAAUAACAAUACGUUGUAUAAAGUUCAGAUUAGUUUAUAUCUCUGCCAAAUCAGAGUGGGAAGUGCAAUCCACUCAAUGCAUCUUUUGUAUGUUACCAUGGCGACGGGUCCUGUGAACCCUGGUGCACGUUCCCGCUGAUGGGUUUUAAUCGUAGAGGACGACCUCUCUUAAGGACCCCCCCCCCCCGCUGACAGGUGUCUGCUUCCAGUGAAGACGUCUACUUCUGUGCCAGGGACACCUGGAGGGUCGUGACCUCUGCUCCCUUUGAAGUGCUCUCGUCCGUCUCCACCUUUUUUAAAGCUUUUAUCUCUGCAUUUCUUUGAUUUUUAUGUUCUACAAAGUAGUCAGAGCAACGUGUCUCCGUGUCCUCCUGCUCUCAGAGGUCAACACACCAGAUGAGUGGGUCUAGUUGGACCACUAGAGGAGACCCCUGGGUCCUCACUGCCCUGCUGCAUGUCACUAAGAUGAAGAGAACCUCUUCAUCAGUCAUAGUGAGACGCUUCAGGCAGACAGUUUGUUCUUUUCUCCUAAAACGGAGGAAAUUGAUUUCUUGUUUGCUGGCUAGAAACUAUUCUUUAAACUAGCCCACAUUUACUAACAAAAUGCCUCAUUUACAGAUUCAGUCAAUUUUUCAAUACAUGCAGUACAAAAAACCCCAACCCACGUUAAUGUUACAUGAACGUGUGUGUCUCUAAUGCUGUGGAAGUGUUUGAAGUGACUGUUGAUAUUUUGGGUUUGGGAUAAAACGUGAUCUUCAUCAUCUGCCUCAGUUAAGAAAUGAUGUUACUUUAAGCACUGUGGUUCGAUUCUGUAAGUGAUGGAUCAGCAACAUUAAGUUUCUGGUUUAUUUCAAAGGAGUUCAAUGUUCUACAAAAAUAAAAGAUGUCAAAUACUAAAUAAAUACAAUUCUGAGUAAAAUAAGUGUGUUUACUUCCCUGUUGGAGCAGCAAUCUUAAUCCAUCUAAUACCAACGUAUAUGAAUGUUACGUCUGUUCCUCUUCAUCAACACCGUGUCCACUUCUCUAUGUUCAUAUAGAAAUUCUGUGGAAUCUUCAGUACUUA